GGGGCGCUCCGUGGGGAGAAGGGGGAUCAUCUGGGAUCAUCUAAGGCCGGGGACCAGCUUGGCCUUUGCUGCUCGCUUGCAACCAACCAUGCCAGGCAAAAUCGAAGAGAUCAAGGACUUUCUGCUCACAGCUCGGAGGAAGGAUGCCAAGUCCGUCAAGAUCAAGAAAAAUAAGGACAACGUGAAGUUCAGUUCCGCUAACCUGUACACGUUGGUCAUCACAGACAAGGAGAAGGCGGAGAAGAAACUGAAGCAGUUGCUGCCCCCAGGUUUGGCUGUGAAGGAGCUGAAGUGAGUGAAGUGGGCUUGUUGGAGGGACUGGAUUAAAGAUGUGAAAACUC